GCCGCUGCUGGCCGCCGCGCUCGACGCGCAGCCGCUGCUCUACCGACCCAGCGCUACUAAUGAACUAUUGCCAUUGGAAAGUGAAAUGGGCCAGUUCGGUAGUUUCUACUCGUCGCCUACGUCGGAUGACUUUAAACAGAGUGGUCGCAGCGCACUGAACAGCGAGACGAGCCGCAACCUGGUGAUGUGUGCAGUGUGGGUGGCGCGCUGGAGCUCGCGCGCGUCCCUGGCGCAGCUGGCCGCCGAGCUGCCGGCGCCGAGACGAGCCGCCUUACUGGCCCUGCUGGACCUCGCCUUCCGCUGCCUCGAGUACAAGGGUCGUAAAGAGAUACUGAAGUGCGCACAACAGAACGUGCGCAAAACAACCGACAUCAAAGCAAAGCUGGAGGACGUCAUACUGGGACAGGGGUCCGCCCGCUCCGACUUCAUCAUGAGGCGCAAAGGCGGCGGGUCGUCGUCGGUGGGCGCGUGCAAGCGCGAGCGCUGGCGCAAGGAGUGGGUGCGCGGGCGCGAGGCGGCCACGUCGCCGGCGGCGCCGCUGCCGGACCUGUCGGCCGCGCUGGCCGCCGAGGCCGCGCUCACGCUGCUGCACACGCUCGAGACCAUCGUGCAGUCGUGCAGCAACUUGGAGUGUGGACAGAGUGUAUGCAGCGGCGCGUUGCAGGUGGUGUUGCGCGCUUUACAGCGCAACCAGAGCGUCACUGUGUUGCAACAUAUGUUCGCGACCGUGCGCACACUCAUCCUCAAGCUGGGCUGGUCGUGCUGCGGCGAGGAGUCGGGCACGUGCCGCGUGCUGCUGCGGCACUGCGCGGCGCUGGCGGGCCCCGCGCGCGCGCACGCCGCCGCCGCGCUCUACGCGCUCAUGCGCCACCACUACCAGCUCGGCAACAACUUCAGCCGCGUGAAGAUGCAGGUGACCAUGUCGCUGUCGUCGCUGGUGGGCACGUCCACCACCUUCAGCGAAGAGUCGCUGCGGCGCGCCCUCAAGACCAUCCUGGUGUACGCCGAGCACGACGCCGAGCUGCAGGACACCAGCUUCCCGGAACAGGUGAAAGACCUUGUGUUCAACCUGCACAUGAUCCUGUCGGACACGGUGAAGAUGAAGGAGUUCCAGGAGGACCCCGAGAUGCUGCUGGACUUGAUGCAUCGCAUCGCGCGUGGAGUAUCAGCAUAGUCCCGACCUACGACUCACGUGGCUCAAUAACAUGGCGCAGAAGCAUAUGGAGGUAGGUCG